AUGGUUAAAACUAGCUAUUCAGGUGUUGGUAAGACAGCAAUUAUUUCUAAAUUUUUAUAUAAAGACGUUAAUAAGAAUGAAAGUGCAACAAUUGGUAAUGUUCAUGUAAAAACAAUUCUUGAAAAAGGAAAUAAUAAACUUGAUGUUGCUAUUUGGGACACGGCUGGACAAGAAAAAUAUAGUUCUAUGGUUGAUAUAUUUUUUAGAGGUGCAAAGGGAUGUGUUAUUGUUUAUGAUAUUACUUCUUUUCAAUCUUUUGUUGAUACAACCUCAUGGUAUACAAGCAUAUUUGACAUAACUCAUACAUCAAUUCCUAUUGUAUUAGUCGGAAAUAAAAAGGAUUUGUCGUCUCAACGUGAAGUAGCUUAUGAAAGUGCAGAAAAUUUAGCAGUGAAAUGGGGAGCGUUAUAUUUAGAAGUAUCAGCAAUUGAAGGUACAAACAUAGAUACUAUAUUUAAAAGUUUUGUAGACAAAAUUGAACCUGAGUAUGAACCAGAAAAUGUUUUCCAAAGUCAAAGUACAAAACAAAGGAAGUGUUGUUAA